AUGAAGAAAGUGGAAUUUCUGAGCAAUGUAGAGGAAGCCUGUGUUCUGUGGGCAGCUGGACCCGACGGUGGGGUGGCAUGUGCUUUUCUAACAGUUCCUCUGUCCUCAGGCUCCCGCCUGAAGGGGCUGAGAUCAGAUCCCAGUUCCCCAGCCCCCAGCAAAGCAAGGGAGACAGCGUGGGCUCAGUGCUCGGAGGAUCCCACAGAGCACGGUGCUGCCGCAGCUCCGGUAUCCGUCGCAGAUCUGAGGGCACGCAGUGAGGCCGUGGUGUGCGGUAUUUGCAUGGAGCGGGUCUAUGAGAAGGCGCUGCCGGAGGAGCGGCUCUUUGGGAUCCUCCCCAACUGCAACCACGCCUUCUGUCUGGGCUGCAUCCGCACGUGGAGACGCAGCCGGGACUUCCCAAACACGGUCAUCAAAGCCUGCCCAGAGUGCCGGCUCACCUCCACCUACUACAUCCCCCACAAGUUCUGGCUCUCAGAUGGAGGUGAGAAGCAGCAGCUCAUCGAAAGGUUCAAGGCACGGACAGGGCAAAUCAGGUGCAAAUUCUUCACCCGGAACCGCGGCCGCUGCCCGUUCGGCUCUGACUGCAUCUACCUGCACGAGCUGCCCAGUGGGCGGCCAGCACUGCGGCACAGCCGGCAGCACCUGAGGAUGCACGCUGAGCGCAGCCCCUCUCCCUUGGAAAGCUCUGAUGAGGAAGAAGAUGAAUUCCACCUGCUUGAAUGGGCUGUCACCAGCGCUCUGCUGGACUUGGAGUUGCUGUACACAAGUUAUAGCCAUGAGAUGCUCUUUGAGGACAGCAGUGAUUCAGACUGAACCCUGGGUACUUGCUGGGUGCUCUUAGCUCCAAGGAAGCAUCUUCCGGGAAUGGAAUUAAUCCACUUUAAAUGCUUUGAGCUGUUCCUGGCUUUGGUAUGGGGGUGGGAGGGAUACCUGUGGGGUGGGGGAAUGGGAUGAUCCGGCUGCUGCGUGCUGGCUGGAGCCCGUGGAGCCGGGUGAUGAGGUGAGGAGUGCGGGGCGCUGGGGUUCAGCCCCUCCUGUUGCACCUCUGGGAGACUCCGCAGAAACCGGGAUGGGGAGGGAGGUUUUAACGCACAGAGUGCUGAGAGGAAUGGGGAGCCGGGCUGCCCUUGGGCGCGGUUUUAAACUGUUUUUAGCGAAAUCUGGGAAUAACGAAAUAAAACACACGCUGACGCUGCCUUCAGACCUCCCGUCCGAGCGGGUCGGCGCGAGCGGUGCGCGUUCGCCUUUAAGGGCUCCUUUGCACUUGGCACGUGGGAUCAUUUGCAUACAGCGCGCGCUUUUGUGUUUUUUUU